GGGGGGGUGCUGGCCCGGCUCCCGGCUCCGCGGCGGCUGCAGGACCCGGCUCCGCUCUGCGCCCGCCCGCUGCUGUAGGGACCCCGGCCCGGGACGCCCCCUCCCGCUUCCUGCAGCCGUCCGGACCCCAGGCUCCGCCCCAGACCUGGCUAGAGCCCCAGUCCUCAUCAGGGGACCCCCAGGAUUGUCCCUUCUGUCUCUCCUUCUCAGAGUCUCUGUCUCUCUCCUCUCUCUGUCUGUCUCUCUCUGCCUCUCCGUCUCUGCUCCGAGCUCAAGGUCUCUGGGUCUCAGCACCUCUCAGCCCCAGGCCUCUGAGCGUCCCCCGUCUCUUUCUGUCUCUUUCUGGUCUCUGACCUCUCCACUGCCCGGGUCUCAGAUUCUCUGUGCCUAGGUGGUGGGGGGGUGGUCUUAAACUCCGUCUCUCUCCCUCCUCGACUCUCUCUGUCUCUGUCUCCUUCCGUCUCCAGACCCGAGUCCCUGGAUUUCUCGGCCUCAAGGUCUCGGCGUGACUUUCUCGCUCUGCCCUGUCUCUCUUUGUGCCUGUACCCCUCUCGGGCUCUGUGCCUCUGGCUUCUAUUCUCUCUCCCUCUCUGCCUCCCCCAUCCUCAAGGCCCAUCGCCCUCCCUCGCUUCAUCCUUUCCCCACUCCCUCCCCGCCCCUCCCCUCCUCCGCAGUAGCCAAUGAACGGCCGCCGGUUCCUGCUCCCGGCUCCGUCCGCCGAGUGAGGCCGCGGGCGCGGGGGGUGGGGGGUGGGAGGCCGGGAGGGGGCCGGGACGCCGGGCUCCGGGGCGGGGGCGGGGGGCGCGGGCACCGGCGACCCCGGUGGCGGCGGCGGCGGCCGGGGGAAGCCGCGGGGCCGGUCAUGCGGCUGCGGGGCCCGCGGCCCGGAGCGUCCGCCCAGCCCUGAGCGAGGCCCCGCAGGGCGCCCCCUGCCUCUGAGGAUGAGUCACUGCAGCAGCCGCGCCCUGACCCUGCUGAGCAGCGUGUUUGGGGCUUGCGGCCUGCUCCUCGUGGGCAUCGCGGUCAGCACUGACUACUGGCUGUACAUGGAAGAGGGCACAGUGCUGCCGCAGAACCAGACCACUGAGGUCAAGAUGGCCCUGCACGCCGGCCUCUGGCGAGUCUGCUUCUUUGCAGGUCGGGAGAAAGGUCGCUGUGUGGCCUCGGAAUAUUUUCUUGAACCAGAGAUCAACUUGGUGACGGAAAACACGGAGAAUAUUCUGAAGACAGUGCGCACGGCCACCCCCUUCCCCAUGGUCAGUCUUUUCCUCGUGUUCACGGCCUUCGUCAUCAGCAACAUCGGCCACAUCCGCCCGCAGAGGACCAUUCUGGCUUUCGUCUCUGGCAUCUUCUUCAUACUGUCGGGCCUCUCCUUGGUGGUGGGCUUGGUUCUUUACAUCUCCAGCAUCAACGACGAGGUCAUGAACAGGCCCAGCAGCUCUGAGCAGUAUUUUCAUUAUCGCUACGGGUGGUCUUUUGCCUUCGCCGCUUCCUCCUUCCUACUCAAAGAGGGGGCCGGCGUGAUGUCCGUGUACCUGUUCACCAAGCGCUACGCGGAGGAGGAGAUGUACCGCCCACACCCCGCCUUCUACCGUCCGCGUCUCAGCGACUGCUCAGACUACUCGGGCCAGUUCCUGCAGCCCGAGGCGUGGCGCCGCGGCCGGAGCCCCUCCGACAUCUCCAGCGACGUGUCCAUCCAAAUGACGCAGAACUACCCUCCCGCCAUCAAGUACCCGGACCACCUGCACAUCUCCACCUCGCCCUGCUGAGGUCCGCCCCUCGGAGCUCCCCUGCCUCCUCCUCCUCCUCCUCCUCCUCCUCCUCGGGGGUCUCCCGGCAAGGCAGCCCCGCUUCCCUCCUCGGGACUCUUGGCUCCCACCCGAGGGAGGCUUUGCCAGCUUUAGGCCACGCCCUCUCCCCAGUGGCUCCGCCCACACCCUCCCUCAUUUCAAUGGCCGCGCCCCUUUUUCCUCAUCUCUCCUUUUCAUUGGUCCCUCUCACUAGCAAAUGACUCCUACCUCUUCAUUUCCCCGCCCCUUUCUCUUAAGGCCCGCCCCUUUCUUCUGACUCCUCCUCUCUAAGAAAAUUAGCUCCUCCCUCGUUCUCCACGUGUUCUGCGCUGGGAGCAGCCCGCGGCUGUGCAGGCGCCCAGCUCCCCGGAGCCCCAACCUCCGACCUCACCGCAGGGGCCCUGGGUUGGGAAGCAGGUUCGGGCAGCCGCCAGGAAUGCUGACCAUCUUCUUCUCCCUUCUGCCUCGGGCUUCCUUUUUCCCUACCUAAUCUCACCUCCUGACCUGCUGGGUCCCCGGGUGCAGCGGGAGGACCGGCUUGCUCCACCCACAGCCGCGGGAUGGGAUGGGGAAGGGGGCUGGAAGCCACGAGUACGGUUAACCUGGACCCUGGCCCUUCCCUUCCCGCCUCCUCUGCUUCCCUGGGAGGUCCCAUUCGUUCUCACCGGCUGGGCUCUUUUCUGCUUCCUGAAGGUUACCUGCCUUUUAGGGGGCUCUUGUCUAAAGGAUCUUCUUGUUUUCUCAGCUAUCCUUGGCUGCUUUUUCGUCUUCCUCCUUCUUUAACUCUUUCUCUCCUUUCCUCCCUCCACCCGCUCGUCCCAAGCUCCUGAGUGCAUCCAGCCGUAGGCACACGCCAGGCGGCCAGAAUGGGGACCCUAGGGUGGAGGGAAUAACCCCCGCGCCAUCUCCACACCUGUGCCCGCCUCUCCCCCCUCGAGGCCCCGUCGAGGGAGGGAGGGGCAGUAGCGGGGGUCGACGCCCCCCCAAACCUCUAAGUCUUCCAUUUUCUGGCUCUUCACCUCAUCGAUGUCCCUCUUCCCCCCUCAGAACCCCAACUCUGGCCUCUUUCAAGGGCCCAUCCGCCCCGUUGGACAGAUUUUGGGGGGAGAGGAGGUCACCAGGAACUCGCCCACCCCCUCUUCUUAGGGAAAGAGGGGCAAGGUAGCACAGUGCUGUACACGGAACCAGAAUGGCCCCCGGGGUGGGGGGGAGGGGGGCAGGGGAGGGACGGGGGCUUUUAGUUUGCAUCUUGGGUGGGAGGGGGGAGGAGGGGACCCGCCACAGUUAACCUGACUUUACGCAGCGAUUUUUAACGAGGCUGGGGGGAGGGGGGCACUGGGGGUGGCGACAGGGUGGGGCGGGGGGCCUGGCUCUGUUAUUUACCGUGUAUCAUAUGUAAAUAUCGACAGAAACUUCAAUAAACUUUAUUUCAAACACGUCUCCGCCUGCCCAGAGGGAAGGGAUUGGAUACAGGGGGCUUAGCCUAGGUCUCUGCUUCUAGGGUUGCAGGCCUAACGUGCUGCAGAAUAAGGUUAGAUGGGUCGUUGCUAAAGACUUCAUCAUCAUCAUCAUUAUCGAUGGCAGCGCUUUAUACUUCAGCCCGUGUAAAGCAUGCAGGACGGUUAAUGACACCGGUCAGGAUCAAUAAACACUUUCUCUUGGUA